AUGGAUGUUGAAAAGAAUAGCAGUUCAAUGAUAUGUUCUCAACAUAAUGAGCAACAUAGAGCGAUAUGUUUUGGUUGUAGUAGAUUAAUGUGUUCAAGAUGUAUUGUUACUCACAACAAGAUUCAUCCUGAUCAUUGUCAAUUGUGUGAACAUAUCGAUGACAUUAAAGAAUCAUUGAAUAAUAUUAAAGAGGUUAAUGAGGAGAGCUUAACAGAAAAUAAUAAUGAUAAUGAUAUUAAUAAUGAUAGCGAUCAACACUCUACAUUUAUCAACAAAAGAUUAGAUUCCAUUUGGAAAUCGUUAAGAUCAUCAACAACUAAAUAUAAACGCUUAAAAUUAGUAGAGAGUGAGAUCUCUAAACACUUUGAACAAAUACACCAAUAUCUAAUCAUAGAAGAGCACAGUUUAAAGAAACCAAUCAUAAGUGACUUAGAUUUCAUUGGCAAACAAAUACAAAGUAAUGUUGAUGAAGUAAAGCAUAUCAAUAAUAUAAUAGAAAUAUAUAACUACAAUCACAAUGACGAUGAAGAGAUGCAGUGCAAUAGCCAAGAAUCAGAUAUAGAACAAUCAACAGAUACUGCAGAUAGUUAUUCUUUAGCAUCCAUAGUCGAUUCUAUAUCGAACAACUCAUCAUUACAAUCGUUCAUCGAUGAUAAUCGAACAACAAUAUUCGAUCAGCAUAAUAGUGAUCUUUUAAAAGAACUUCUUAAACAACACAACAAUGAUACAACAUCUUUAUUAUUUGAUAUCAUUCAAAAAUACAGUAAUCAAUUUAGAUCUAUUUAUACAGCCAACACCACCAACAAUGAUCAACACACCGAUUUAAAAAAUAAUAAUGAAUACCAACUCUGUGUCACGAUACCUAAUUAUGAUAAAUUAAUCGAUGUCGUUCAUCAAUCAAUCAAAACUUUAGCGACAUCAAUGGCCGCCAAUGGUGUUAUCGUUGAAGGCCACAAUGAGUACUCAUCACUUACCGAACUGGAGCGCAAAGAGAAGAACAAAUCGAUCAAUCAAGUAAUCAAGACCACACCUCUAAAUUUGGAUGACAGGUGGUAUCUCAUAUGUAAACCAUGGUAUGAUAAGUGGGAGUCAAACAUCUACACAACAGAGCAUCUAGGUCCCAUUAUUAACGAUACUUUACUCAUCACCGACACAACACAUCUCAGAUUGAAUGCCAUCGUAGAUCAAGACUUUGUCGUUGUUCCAGAGUCAACAUGGGACUACUUUUUAAAGUCAUAUGACUGCCCAACCAUUAUAGUCAGAACAGUUGUUGGAACUGAAAUUUUACUUCAAAUAGACUAUAAUUAUCCCAAAUGCUUGAAAUUUUUCAAAUCUUCACAACCAGCAAGAAUUAUUGAGCAUUAUGUUACUAAUUCUGAAAAAAUUUCUGCUGUCAAAGAUAAAGUAUGUAAACUAUUUAAUAUUCAUCCAGAAAAUGUAAGAGUUUGGGAUUAUUAUCACAAUAAUAAAUUUAAAGAGUUGAAUAAUGAUGAAAAGGUUGCAAACUCUAAUUUGUUCGAAGACCAACUUAUGAAGUUUAGUAACAAUGUAGUUUUACUUCCAUUCCGUAGAAGAACAAUCAAGUUCAAUGUAGAAACCAAAUCAAAUACCUAA